CGAAAGCGAAAGUUAACGGAGUUUUAAUGUCAUAAGAUCGCUGACAAUUGCCAAGAUGGGUGCGAUAUUUAACAUGCUUGAGAAGUUCAGACUGGAAACUUACUACAACCAGUUUUUCCAGUUGGGUGUGAAGGAUGAGAGAGAUUUCCUUGACGGUGUCACAGAUGAAGAUCUAACCAGCAUGGGUUUAAGUCAAGUAGAGAAGAACCGUUUUUCAGCAAUGAAAAACAACAUUCGAAGACUCAGAGCUCCAGAGCGGCAAGUUCAAACUGUGACCCCUGUGCAGAAAUCAUUGGAGCCAUUCUGUCUGAAGUACACAUAUCCCAAAUGUCCUCAACUAAAAGAAAUUAAAGAUAUGGAUCCAUUACAAAACACUGUGGAGGACCUGAUGUUAAGGAUCAGCCAUCUUGAAAAGGUCGGCAAUGCAAAAGGAGUCUGUCUCUACACAAUCAAUGGGAUGCCCCUGACAGACGAUCCCUUCUUCAACACUUGGUCUUUAAAGGAGAGACAUAUUCAAAAUGGAUCUAUUAUUUACGCCAUCUUUACACCAAAAGAAAACCUGAGACAGGCUCCACGGCAGCCAAAGCGAGAGAUUGCUAAAACCAAUGGAGAUGAUGUGGUGCGCUGCCACAUAAUGCUCAAGGGAGAUUUUGAGGUGUCUGUGAACUUAGAAAGUGACACCAUCACCAGCCUGCGACUCAAGUUGGCAAAUGAAAGUGGAAUCCCAGCACACGUCCUUUGUUACAAAGGUGCACAUGCUGGUGGUGACACCCUGCAGAGUUUCGAAAUCUCAGAGAAGUCCACAGUUUACUUCUCUUUGUCCUCCUUUUCGGAUGACACUCCACAGGAUGAGACAUUCUUCAUUAAUGACGUUGUGCCUUCAGUACAACAAACACAGAAAGGAAUCAGUGUGUUGCUGUCUUCACUUUAUGUUCUGAAAGGUCAUUUUGGAACAGAAGAUCUGAAGGAGCUGAUUUCCUGCGUACGUAAACUGACUGGAUGUAACCCUCUCGCCCAAAGUUUGCAUCAGUUACUUUGCAGAAACGAAAUAAUUACCAGGAAUCAGAAGAUUGCAGUUGUUGAAGGCUUGUACGUGCUCUUCAGGGAGCUUUUGCCUCAACUCGGAACACAACGAGGGGAGAAAAUCAUUGAGGACCUGGAUGUCUUUGAGAAUUCUCUGUACUGCUGGGCACAUCUCAGAUCAGAAGCUCAGAAACUGACAUCAGACCAUGAGAACUUUGCCCCCAUCACUCUUAAGUCUGAAGAUGGCAGCCGUUUCUGUGAACCAGUCCGAGUGCCUGGAGUACCUGAUGCCCUUGAACGGGAAAAUGUUCUCAAGAAAAUCAAAGACGGGGAGAAAAUUCCAAAUUGCACUGAAGAGAUUUUGCGAGAAACAUCUUUACAGAGAGCCAAUGACAUUGAGAGAAUUUUGCUGAGUUUGCCACCAUUCAUCAAAACAUACCCUCUUUGGAUCAACGAGAACGAGAAGAUUGGCCAGAACUUUCAGAUAAAUAUGGAGAAGACUUUUGGAUGCAUGGUGGAAGAAUUAAACACUCCCUCCAAUCAGUGGCUCAAUGUGACCCCACCUCUACAGUUGAAGGAGCUGGGACAGUGUGGGAAUCGCCUUGUUCUGCUAACGAAAGACAACCUUGGGGUUUGUCUGGAGAAAGACAAAUUAUCCCCUGAUAUGAUACAAGUGCGUGAUUGUUUUAAUGGCAAAGUCAGAAAAGAAGAUGUGAAUCAGUUGGCAGCCAGGACUGGUGAUCACAGAGAUGACGGAACAUUUGUCACAACCAGGACUCCAACAGAGGCUAUACUGGUGCUGAUCGACACAAGCUCCUCUAUGGGGGAGGAGUGCUAUGAGAGGGCUGAAAUACAGAAGAUUCAUGCUGUAAAAGAGCUCUUUGACAACUUUGCAACAAGGACCAUGGCUUAUGAUUUUCAUCAUAUCAUUGGCCUCGUAGAAUUCAACUCUGUGGUCAAGACUCUCAACACAUUCACUGAAAAUCUGGAAAAGUUCAAGGAGCACAUUCGUAAAAUCGAGGCAAGUGGCUGUACUCUGCUGUAUGACGCCCUGAGCCAUGGGGCAUCUGAGCUGGAAAAGGUCAAGGCGAGAUUCCCAGAUUGUAGACUCCGCAUUAUAUGUCUCACAGAUGGAAAUGAUGUGGGAUCCUCCAAGAAGCCAGUCCCUGUUACAGUCGAAAUGCUAAAAUCUGACAUUGUUGUGGAUUCGAUCCUCCUUGGAAAAGUGACGAACAACAUGCUGCAUGGAAUCAGCAAUGGAACAGGUGGCUGCUGUUUCAAACCACAGUCAACCAAAGAUGGUCUGAAGCUCUUUGAGAUUGAGACGGUUCUGUCUUUGGAGCUGAGGAAAUUGAAGAAGAAACUCCACCCGUCCUCCAUCACUGAGAGUUCUUUGUCAAGCAUCUUCCUUACUCAUGGGUAUGAUGAAAGUCCAGAGACUUUGUUGCCAAGUCAGAUAAACAGCAAAGUGACAGUGACUGAGAGUGCUCUGAAGAAGAGGAUUAAGGCGACAAAGCAGGGUUGGGUUCUGGAGAAAGACAAACGUAUACUGGAGGAGCUGAAGAGUCUGCACUGUGAUCCACAUCCCUUCUUCAAAGUUUUCCCCUCAGAGUCAGACUUCACUUUCUGGAAGAUUCUCAUGCAAGGUCCUCCGGACACACCAUAUGAGAAAGGAGUGUUUGAGCUGUACUGCCAGUUUGGUCCUGACUACCCAGUGAAGCCUCCACUCGUCCGCUUUGUCACCAAAGUCUACCACUGCAACGUCAACAGUGUGGGACGCAUCUGCCACAACAUAUUUGACCGCAACUACAACGCCCACAUCACCAUGAGAGAAAUCCUGGAAGCUGUGUAUGGACUGCUCAUCGUCCCUGAACCUGAGGAUCCUCUGGACAGCAUUUUGGCAGAGGAAUUCAUGACGAGCCGUGCAGAGUAUGAACGAGAAGCCAAGAAGCACACAGAGGAAACUGCAGGGAUCUCAAUGGAUGACAUGGAAAAAAAAAUGGUGGAUCCGGUGGCACAGUUCAUACCCCAACAUCUGAUCUGUCCACUCACCAAGAAGAUGUUUGUUGAUCCUGUGAAAACUGUCUACGGCACGGUGUAUGAACGCCAGGCCAUCGAGGAACACCUGAAACAACACCAGUAUGAGCCUCUAGCUGGACAAGGACACGAACUUGAAAUGGGUGACAUCAGCACAGACCAGGACAUGAAGAAAAUGGUGAUGGAGCAUCGAACACGUCAAAUUAAAUAGUUCUGAAUAAAAAAAAAACAACAAAGCGGAUCCGCCUUAGUACUUAAAUGCAAACUCUGCUUUGUGAAGAGAUGUUCAUUAAAUAACUGAUGUCUGUUCAUACUCAGUUUUCUUAAUGUUUCCUACAAUCAUGUCAACGUUUAUGUUCAACUUCCCUUUUAGAGUUUAAAAAGAUACUUCAAUUAUAGGAGUUGGAAAUAGUAAUAAUGAUAAUAAAGCAUGAAAGGUUUUUUAAAAAGGAGGAGGUUUGGAUGGGACAACCUUUGUCUUUUUUUUAUUCAAGGCACUUUUUUGAAUUAGUUGUUGCUUUAAGUUCUAUGUUUUUCUCUCAAAUUUCAUUGUUCUCUAUUUUACCUAUAAAAAUGACUUUUCAUGACUACAUUUUGUGAUAACUUUCUUGGAGAGAAACAAAUCAAGAUUCUGGUUCAUUGCAUGCGACCUACUUGCAUUUGCAAAAUAAUAAAGAGUGAAAGUGGACAACUAA